ACCAACUUCAAUAAUCAUCAGAAUUCAGAAAUCAAAUCCAAUUAUUGUACAAGAAUCUUGGUACCAUUAUUGUCUCAAAUUAUGUUCAUCACAUUCAUCAUGUGUAUGAUUCUAACACUCCCUUCAACCCAAGUUGUUGGAGAUAAUGAAGAUAGUGAAGCAAAUGCUCUCCUGAAAUGGAGAUCUACCCUUGACAACCAUAGUCAAAGUCUUCUAUCAUCUUGGAACAGCACCACUAGUCCAUGCAAAUUUGAAGGAAUUCAAUGUGAUAAUAAUAAGUCAAACUCUGUCUCCACCAUAAUUCUUCCAAAUUAUGGACUUGAAGGUACACUCCAUGGACUAAACUUUUCUUCAUUUCCCAACCUUGUUAGCAUAGACAUUAACAACAAUUCCUUCUAUGGUACCAUUCCUCCACAAAUUGGUAACUUGUCUAGAAUUACCAAUUUGAACAUGUCUUAUAAUCGUUUCGAUGGUUCAAUUCCCAAUGAAAUGUGGGCACUAAGGUCAUUACAUAAGCUUGAUCUUUCUAACUGCCUUCUCAAUGGUAGCAUAUCUGCUAAUAUAGCAAACUUGACCAAUUUGUCACACCUAGAUUUAGGAGGAAAUAAUCUAGAAGGCAAAAUUCCCCAAGAAAUUGGGAUGUUGAGGAACUUAGAGUAUCUAGGAAUUGCAGAAAAUUCUCUUGUGACAGGAUCAAUUCCAAAGGAGAUUGGAAUGUUAACAAACCUGAGGUUCCUUGAUUUGUCAUAUUGUCCUCUCUCUGGCACUAUCCCUUCAGAAAUUGGAAAAUUGACCCAUUUGACUUUUCUUCAAUUCAUUCAAAACAACCUCUUUGGUCCAAUUCCACCCUCCAUUUGGAACUUGACUAACUUGACUAACCUUUUACUUUCCACCAAUAAUUUUUCUGGUCCAAUCCCAAGUUCAGUUGGGAAAUUGGUUAAUCUUGAAAUGCUUGAUCUGUCUCAAACUCAAAUGUCUGGUCCUAUUCCUGAUUCUAUUGGAAACUUGACAAAGCUCACCACAUUGUACUUGUACCAAAGCAAAUUCUCAGGACAAAUUCCUUCAACUAUAGGAAACUUGGUCAAUUUGAAUGUUCUUGUCCUUGCAGAGAACAAUUUCUCUGGUCCUAUUCCUUCAACUUUAGGUAACUUAAUUAGGCUCACUGAUCUUCAGUUGGCCACAAACAAGUUCAAUGGUAGCAUUCCAGAGGAGAUGAAUAAUGUCAUAAACUUGGGCAAUUUGCAGCUAUCUGAGAACAAUUUUGUUGGUAGUUUGCCAUCACAAAUAUGCUUAGGUGGUGCAUUAACCAACUUCAGUGCUGAUCAUAACAAUUUCACUGGUCCAGUACCAAGAACCUUGAAGAAUUGCUCUAGUAUCCUUAGAAUAAGGCUUGAUUCAAACCACAUUGAAGGUAACAUAACAGAAGAUUUUGGUGUAUAUCCAAAUUUGGACUACAUCAAUCUCAGUGGCAACAAGUUUUAUGGCCACAUUUCUCCAAACUGGGGAAAAUGUCCUAAACUUACUAGUCUUAUAAUUGGAAGCAACAAUGUCACUGGUGUUAUACCAUUGGAACUUGUUGAGGCAACCAAUUUAGGUAUGCUCGAUCUUUCGUCGAAUCAGUUGGUUGGAAAAGUUCCCAAGGAACUUGGCAAGUUGAAGAAACUAGUCCAAGUCAAAAUUGGCAACAACCUUCUUUCAGGAAACAUUCCAACAGAAAUUGGACAGCUUCAGAGUCUUGAGAUCUUGAAUCUUGGAGGAAACAAGUUGAAUGGCGGUAUACCAAAAGCAGUUGUGGAGUUACAGAAGCUAAGGGAGCUGAAUUUGAGCAAGAACAAGCUUGGUGGAAGCAUUCCCUCUGUGUUUGGCCAAUCAAUGGUAUCUCUCGAUCUCAGUGGAAAUUCAUUGGAUGGAACAAUACCAACAAGCCUUGGAGGGUUGCAACACUUGCAAGUGUUAGAUUUGUCACAUAACAAUCUUUCAGGUACUAUUCCAUCAAAAUUCAGCCUGACAUUGGAAUAUGUGAACAUGUCAGAUAACCAGCUAGAAGGGCCAAUUCCAAAUUUUCCUGCUUUUCUCAAUGCUAGUUCAUUCAAGAACAACAAAGGUUUGUGUGGGAAUAUCAAAGGAUUGGUUCAAUGCUCAACCAACCUCAAAAAGAGCAGCAAAAAACACAUCUUAUUGUUGGUAUUAAUCAUUACUUUGGUGAGUCUAGCAAUGGUUCUUUGUGGGGUUGGAAUUGCAAUGUACUUUCUUUGUAGAAGUAAAAGGAAAUUGAGAAACCAAAGUGAAGUCCAAGCCAAAGAAGGAAGAGUUGAACCACACUUUACAAUAUGGAGCUAUGAUGGGAAAAUCAUGUUUGAGAACAUCAUUGAUGCUACUAAGAAUUUUGAUGAUUACUAUCUCACUGGUGUUGGAAGCCAAGGACAUGUUUACAAAGCUGAAUUGCCUUCAGGACAAGUUGUUGCUGUGAAGAAGCUUCAUAAUGUGGUAGUAACUGAUGGAGAAGUUUCAACAACAAAGGCUUUUACAACUGAAGUUCAAGCAUUGACACAGAUAAAGCACAGGAACAUCAUAAAGCUCUAUGGAUUCUGUUCACAUUCACAGUUCUCAUUUCUUGUUUAUGAGUUCUUGGAUGGUGGAAGCUUGGAUCAAAUACUAAGCAAUGAGACACAUGCUGCUGAAUUUGAUUGGGAGAAGAGGGUGAAUGUUGUUAAGGGCGUCGCGAAUGCUUUGUCUUACAUGCAUCAUGAUUGUUCGCCUUCUAUAAUUCAUCGCGAUAUUUCAAGCAAGAAUGUUCUGUUGGAUUCAGAGUAUGAAGCUCAUGUUUCAGAUUUUGGGACUGCUAAGUUUCUCAAGCCUGGUUCAUAUUGUUGGACAACAUUUGCUGGUACUUUUGGCUAUGCUGCUCCAGAACUUGCACAAACUAUGGAAGUGAAUGAGAAAUGUGAUGUGUAUAGUUUUGGAGUACUAGCUUUGGAGAUUAUCAUGGGAAAGCACCCUGGAGAUCUCAUUUCAUCAUUAAUGUCAACAUCAACAGCAUCAAUGGUCAAUGAUUUGUUACUAAUUGAUAUCUUAGAUCAAAGGCUUCCUCAACCUAACCCCAAGAGUCCAAUUGUUGAGGAGGUGAUCUUGGUUGCAAGGUUGGCAUUUUCUUGCUUGACAACAAGCCCACGUUCUCGCCCAACAAUGGAUCAAGUUUCUAAGGCCCUUGUAAUAGGAAGAUCAACUUUGGUGGACCAAUUUCCAAUGAUCAGAGUUGGACAACUAUACUGACUGUUUUUCCAACUGCAAGAACUUCACAAUCAUAAUCUUAGAGAGCGAUACUAUUUACACUUCAAAAAAAAAAAAAAUAGUACAGUAGUAUUUAGUAUUUACAAUGUAGCUAAAUAAUGACAUUAUCUUAGAAAACAUUAGAGAAUUCAGUGUCGCUUAACAAACGGGAGUAGCUGAUGUAACCUGUCAAUAAAAUAGUUAAAAGACCGAAAUAAGCAUUUAAACAAAGGCAAAUUCUAUUAUUUGAUAGAGGAAUUCCAUCUACAUGUGUAGAUUAACGUUGGCAGCACCUAAAUGUGACUAAGUGUGGAUGAAAUGAAACCAUUUUUAAAUAAAUUGC